CAACUGGCAGAACACCAAUCCGGCGAAUCCCGCAGAUGCUGCCAAUGGACCGCAGGGCUACGACAACCAUCUCUACUAUGUGUGAGUUUCCCCAGUCUGGGGGCAUGGCCGAGGAACUGAUGCGACCAGAUUCGGCGGUGUCGCUGAUGCUAACCCUACUGCCUAUAUGCAGAGUAUAUGCAGUCAGUCUUAUAUACGCUCUCGAGCCGAGCGCGCAACUGAUCCGCGGACAGAUCUGAAUCGAGUCCAAGCUGACGCUGCCCUGGGCAACAGUCCCCUUUGGUUCGGCGGUGCGUGGUUUUGGCUCAUCCGUCGAUGAAAGACUCGACGAGUGCAGAGUGGG